AGGCAUGCCAGCACCCGCCCUGUGAAAUCAGCAUCGCAGCGCACGGAGUUGACAAGUGCGCCUCCCCCUCCAAACGUUGUUUGACAUACCCAUCGUUAUAGGCUUCGCCUCUGGCAGUUUCUUUUUUUAAAGGCAAGCUCAAAGCCACAGAUUAUACAUGUUGCUCACAAACCGGUAAAAUAACCUACAGAGAGAGCGACAGCGGGAAUCAGGCUCUUUCCUUCUCAUUUGGAGACGAACAGCUUGCGCGUAAACGGCACCGGACAUCACUAAAGGGAGAGUGUGUCUGGAUAUUUUCUUUUUUUUUUUUAAUUUAUUGGUGACAGCAAGGUUGACGAACAGCCGAGGGGGGAUAGAGUGACUGUCUUUGUGGAUUGCGAGCAUCCCUUGCACAUUUGGGACUUGAACGCGCAAGGCACCUGUGGAUGCAACACCCCCCUGAUGUUUGGACUCAAACCUUUUACAAAGAAAGGAUUCACCACAAGAUAUAGUUGAUAAUCGUUGCGGUUUCGGUCAAACACCCUGCAGUUAAGACGAGAAGCGCGCCAUGCUUCUGAGUGUUUGCUUCCUGGUGGUUCCCCUGCUGAUCAUAACCGGCUGCGGCUCGUCGUACGUGCCGUGCCAGCCGUGCGAUCAGAAAGCCCUGUCCAUGUGUCCGCCGGUGCCGGUGGGCUGUCAGCUGGUGAAGGAGCCCGGCUGCGGCUGCUGCCUGACGUGCGCGCUCGAAGAGGGCCAGCCGUGCGGCGUGUACACCGGGCCGUGCACGCGCGGGCUCCGCUGCCUGCCCAAGAACGGCGAGGAGAAGCCGCUGCACGCGCUCCUGCACGGCCGGGGGGUGUGCAGGAACGAGAAGUUGUAUAAACUGCUGCAUCCGUCAAAAGACGGAGAAUCUCACGAUGACGCCAUGCUACCCGUCCCCGAGUCGAUGCUGCCCCAAACCAAGGUGCCCUUAUAUGGAGACCACAUCAGCAGACGGAAGGCCCAGGCCAUGCAGCAUGCCAAGGACCGCAAGAAGCAGCUGUCUAAGCUGGGGCCCACCAGGAACUCGGACUUCUCACCGCUCAGCCUGGAUAAACUCGAGCCUGAGUUCGGACCCUGCAGGAGAAGACUGGAUAAUCUUAUUCAAAGCAUGAAGGACACUUCUAGGGUCUUGUCUCUCUCUCUGCACAUCCCAAACUGUGACAAGAAGGGCUUCUUCAAGCGCAAACAGUGUAAGCCGUCUCUUGGUCGGAGGAGGGGGAUCUGCUGGUGCGUCGACCGGUUUGGCGUGAAAAUCCACGGCAUCAACUACGCUGGAGGAGACCUGCAGUGCAAAGACCUCGACAGCAGCAGCAACAGCAACGAAUGAGAGAGUGAACUGGUCGUACUCGUUGAGCCCUGUUCUUCUUAAAACCUGCCAAUAAAGCCAACACACGUAAUGACUGCCAAUCAGGAAAAUAUGGCACAAAUGCUUAUAUAUAUGGUCAGGUAUGAUGGACUGCGUUGUUGUUUUUGUUUUGUUUUUAAGGGGAGCUGAAAACCUUGCUUGCAUGAAAAUCUGGACAUGUAGGUCUUAACUCUGGCUCCCCACCGACUGUGUAUUAUGUUUGAGGUUAGCUAACACCUCACCUCUUUAUAUCCAUAGAUAAUAGAGGAUUAUAUAUAUUUGUAUGAUAUUGAAAAUAUGUUGUGUACUUAUGAGUCUAUUGCUAAAUUUACUCUAAGAAAUUCUCAGACAAGACAUAUUUUAAAUGUGGCUAAAAAUCUAUAUUUUUUUCUUAGUUUGGUCAUGGUGAAGAGUCAUUGAAGAGUCAGUCAGUUCUCAUCUAAAUUAGCAAUGUUUUACUAAUUGUUAAUCGUGUGAAUGACAUCCUGACGUAAGAGGCAUUUUUUUAAUAUAUCAAAUAAGGACUUCUGUCAUUUAAUCCUGUUCUCAACCUACUGUCACUGAACACUAUCCCACUUGAAGGCUAUUUUGCCGUGCAGGAAAAAGGGGGGAAGUGUUAAGUAUAUUAUAUUGUCAUCACAUUGGAAAACCAACUCAUGAGUGGGCAGGAGACAGGCAGAAUCCGCUGACAGCCAUUAUAUAUGCCAUAGCCAUGUCAGCAUGAUAGCUAUCAUUUGUUUGUUCAGCAAAGAUCAAGAAAAUCAUUGGCCUGUUAUAACUAAUUGGGGCCAAAGACCUGCACACUUAAUGGGAUAGUUUGACAUUUUAGGAAAUAAACUUAUUCACUCUCUUGCAGAGAGUUAGAUGAGAAGAUUGAUACCACUCUCAUAAUAGUCCGUUAAAUAUAAAGCUAGAGCCUGCAGCUGGUUAGUUUUUGCUUGACACAAAGACAGGAGACAGCUAGCUUGACUCCAAAUGUAACAAAAUCCGACUACCAGCACCUCUAAAGCUCAAUAAUUAACACGUUGCGCAGUUUUUUUAAUACCCCGUUUAAUGCGUACAGAAACUUGAGGGGGUUAUGUGUCGGACUAUUUCUUGGCAGGGAGCAGUAACUUCCUGGAGUCUCCCUGCUGGUUGCGCAGAGCCAACACAUAGAAACCUGUUCUCAAAAUCCUUAACAAUCAACAUUAAAUUUGGGGAAAUCAAAUGAGAAAUCAGCAACAGUAUGCUUAUGAAUCAUGUAAAUGCUUUGUUGCCAGUUAGCUAUGAUUAUUUUUACAUCUCAAUUAAAGUAAAAAUCACAAUGUGACAAUGUUGGCAUCACUCAGCUCUAUCUAAACCUUCGUCCUCACAAUGCACUUAGCCAUAAUUGUAGCUUAUUAUUCUGCCACUAUCACAUGAGUUUUGUAUGCUUCUGCUUGUUAAACUGGGUUGUAUUUUAGGCAAUCAAGCCCUCAUAAAGUAAUAUUCUGGCUUUACCACCUGAGACAGACCCAUGGUACUUUCAUUAACAAGCAAUUAAGAUAAAACAUCACUCAUGAACAAACAUACUGUAUUGUACUUUAUAAGGUUAAAUAUUUGACACUCAAGUCUUCUUUUGAAAAUCGUUUUUCAAGUCCAGACAACUGCAUCCACUGUUUGUAAAUGUAUGUACAGUGUGUGUGUGUGUGUGUGUGUGUGUGUGUGUGUGCAUGGUCCUGUGUCUGUAUGUGUGUGUUCUGUACCGUAUGUGUCAUGCCCUUGUAGUUCUCAACUCCAAAAAGGUUUAAAUUCUCACAAGCCCAGUCUACCAAAGCUACUGUCCGACAAAUGUGGUGCUGUGCAUUUCCCUUCACACACAAAUCGGAUGCAAAGGCCUCACAUUGUUUAUGUUUCGAUGCUUAGGGUCUUCACUGCCACCACAGGCAAAUCUGUUGGCUGAUGGUGACUUGCUUUCAUGGUUAAUCAGGUCCUAUAUCCUGCAAAGAGCAAGGUUGCUGAGUUUGUAUGUAAAUUCAAGUGCCUUCUGCCCCACGCCACUUUGAAUUUUGAUUUGCAUGUGGACUCAUAGUGUCGUUGAAUGAGGGACAAUACAGGACAAAAGAGGAAAACAAGUUUAGGUGAGGAUGUGGUCUGAAAGAUUUUUUUGUUUGAUUUUGGUUUUCAGUUGGUUGCCGACAAAGAUUAUCAUGAUCUCCCAGUCAAGCGCUGCUGAACGUACAAUGACAGAGGACAACAUUUUUGUUAAAAAGUUGCUUAAGAUCCAUUUUUUGUUGUUAUAAUCUUAAUGUUCAAUUAAUGACUCUUAUAAUCUCAGACAUUCCUAAUGCCUAAUCACUAUAUUGUGAUAUUAGGAGAACGUUGACAGGGGCUCAUCAGCCAAUUCUUCCCUGUGAAACACCUCUCUCAUGCUGUUGAUUCUAGCACACAUGUAAACAAAACACGGUGACACUUUGAACAUUUCAGAAUCUCAGUUAGAAAAAUGAUUAAUGUGAACGUUAUGGUGAAAUAUUUAUCAGGCGUGUAAUUGAUGUACUCGUUUUUUGUAAUGACAAAUCACUGUUUAAAUAAAGUUCAUGUACUCACAAGAAUG